AUGUCGAACCCCGAGAUGGCUACCGCCACGGGGGGCGGAAACAAUGCCAGCGACAUGCUCGAAGACCCUUCACACCAAGAUGUCGCAAGAUGGGGAAAGGACGGCGAUACGUUUGUCGUCGUCGAGGGCGAAAAGUUCACUCGAUCCAUCCUGCCGAAACACUUCAAGCACAGCAACAUGUCGAGUUUCAUUCGACAGCUGAAUAAAUACGAUUUCCACAAAGUCAAGCCCUCAAGCGAUAGCGAAAAUUCUUCUCCUCUUGGGAAUGUUUUGGAAUUCAAGCACCCGUACUUCAAGAUCGAUAGCAAAGAUGACUUGGAUAACAUCCGACGAAAGGCUCCGGCUCCAAGGAAGCAGCAGGUGAAUGAAGACUUCACUACCAACCAUCAUAUCAGCGUCAUGUCCGAACAAUUGGCGGCCACGCAGCAGCAGGUCCAACAGCUCCAGGAGUUGUUUACGGAAGUUUCUCAGACUAACAAGAUUCUGGUCAAUGAAGUCCUCACGUUAACCAAGAUCAUCAAUGCUCAAAAAGCAGCGCAGCAUGAAAUGCUCAACUAUCUCACGCCAUACAACAACGACAACCAGCGUACGCCCAUCAUCAGCCAGACAAUCAACUCAAACGGACGAGCAAGUGAUGCGGAUGAUGCCUCAGUACCCGAGCUUAGGAGGGCUCGUGAACUUCUUUCGAGCGUGAGCACAGAUUCUGUCACUGACCGUGAGCUGGAGCGGUUACAGCAACAUGUCUACGGAUCGCCCACAGAUUCAUCUGCGAUGAUCACGCCGACAUCGCUUCCCUUGAUGAACGAUCCGAUGCACGACAUCACCCGCUAUCCAGUUUACCCUGUCGGGCAGACUGUGGGAAUUGAUCCGUUCCACUCUGAUCACAUCCACAAGAUUCCUUACGCCAUGCCUAGCGAUGUCAACGCCAGCGUCCUAGGUGACCAGCCACAGGCACCCACGAUGGCGCCAGCUCCAACGCAAACUGAAAAGCCAGAUGCCAUGUGGGGUCCACGAAAGCCUUCGGUUUUCCUUGUUGAAGACGAUCCCAUCUGUGCCAAGAUUGGUAUCAAGUUCCUGAAGUCCAUGGGUUGCGAAGUUGAGCAUGCUCCAAACGGCGCCGAUGCAUAUACUCGCAUUAACAGUCUCAGCCGCCAAUUCGACAUGAUCUUUAUGGAUAUUAUCAUGCCUCGUCUGGACGGUGUUUCCGCCACAAUGUAUAUUCGUCAAAGCCACCCUGCUAUUCCGAUCAUUGCUAUGACGUCGAACAUUCGACCAGAAGAAGUCAACGGUUACUUUGAACAUGGUAUGAAUGGCGUGCUGGCAAAGCCCUUCACUAAGGAGGGAAUGUGGAAAUCGGUUAGAACCCACUUGAGCCACUUGAUGAAGAAUCCUCCUCAGGAGAGUGAAAUUGGAUCGGGUGCUGGAUAUUUCAUGGGUAGCGGUCCGUAUUUAAACACCUCAACGUCGAUUAAGUUUGAAUCACCAACACCCCCUUCAGGUACCGCCGGGUCCAACUGGUCCCCCGGACAAAUACAGCAGCCCUCGAUGGGUUCUGGACUGGAGCAAAACUUUGGCUUGCUGAAUGGAAGUGGCCAAUAUGCCAUGGCAACUGGCCACCGACCACAAGGCUUUUCAGCCAACCUGCAUUCGGCUGACUCCAGUUCUGGGCGAUUGUCUGAUGUGGAAAGCCCCCCCGAAAAGCGCCAGAGACUCAACCCCCAGAGCACUUACUCGUGUUAG